UGGCAGCCCCACGACAUCUCACGUUGAUGCUGUGCCGGGAGCCGACCGACGUACAUACACAGCACGAACCUCGUCGCUGACUUGCUGACUCCUCUGUCUGACUUCCUGACUCUUGGUGCCCUGAGUACACACCAAAAUUGCAAAACCAUCGCCUACUCACCCACGCUGUGAGAUCGAUAUCACGCCUCGUAGAACCAGCCGCUAUAUCUAGAUCUCGUCCUUGAGCGAAGAAAAGGGAAAAAUGGGUUCAAUGUCCACGAACCUCCGUCGCUCUCCCCUCAAAACUUCCGGCUCAAUCGAUCAUCUAGAGUACGUCGACGUAACACCCAUCAUCGGCCGCGAGUACCCGACAGCCAAAUUGAAGGAUAUUCUCGAUGCGCCAAAUUCGGAAGAUCAAUUGAGGGAUUUGGCUAUUACUAUUUGCGAGAGAGGCGUGGUGUUCUUCCGCGCGCCACAGGAUGAUUUGAGUGUUGCGGAACAGAAGACUAUUACUGAUCUUUUGGGGAAAUUGACGGGCAGGCCGAAGGAGAAUGGUCUGCAUGUGCAUCCUUUGUUCAAUGCGCCUGAUAAUAUUCCGAUGAAGGAUGGGACGAAAGAUGAGAACAUAUACGUGAUCAACACGGAGGCCAUGAAGAAGUUGUACAAGACAAUGAAAGACCGGCCGAACAGCACGGGCGAGCCGAAAGAUCUGAGCCGCGAGUGGCACAGUGACUUACUGUUUGAAGAAUGUCCCGCCGACUUCAGUUUCCUCAGAAUGCAAGACACGCCUCCGUCCGGCGGUGAUACGCUGUGGGUAUCUGGAUAUGAGUUAUACGAUCGUCUGUCUCCACCGUUUCAAGCAUUCAUGGAGACAUUGACAGCUACAUGCGCACAACCUGUCUUGAAGUCGGCGUCUGAUGCCGGAGGGUACCCAUUGACUUCGCCUCGUGGCUCACCAUUGAAUGUGGGCGACAAAUUCGCACCGGUCCACCCUGUCGUUCGCACACAUCCUGUUACCGGAUGGAAGAGUCUCUUCGCUGGUGUCGGAUUGCAUGUUUCCCGGAUCAACGAUGUCUAUGCCUACGAGGACCAAAUCAUUCGCGAUUAUGUGUUGAGGUUGAUCACUCGCAAUCACGAUUGUAUUGCCAGAAUGCAUUGGACACAGCAGGCUUGUGCGAUUUGGAGUAAUCCUUGUACUUUGCAUGCUGCGACGCCUGAUACACAUCUUGUUGACGGGAUACGAAUUGGUGUGCGUGCGUCAGGCGUUGGCGAGAAGCCGUAUCUGGAUCCGGCUUCGACGGGCCGUAGGGAGUCGCUAGGUUGGCCGAGGACUUGAGGCAAGAGUAGACUGGAGGCCAGUGGCGCUUUAGAUGAGGAUGGGAUGAGCGGGCUAGAACUGAUGCAUUGCCUAAGGGGGAAGGCUGCGGAGGUGCGGUCUCCAAUGAGAAAGGCACAACACCUUCGCCACAUAACCAGAUGUUCGCAUACUACAAGAGUGCGUAGAGGACGG